AUGGCGCUGUCGAUGGGCUGGAAUAUCCGUCGGAUGAGUUGUUCUGUAACUUCCUCGAUGGCCAGGCCAGCGGGAUUUGGAAACUUUACCCCCGAUUUCGACGGUUUUUUUGAUUUUAGGAUGCCCUCUACCGGCCUUCACCUUGUGACCGAGGCUCUUAAGGUGUGUCGCACGGAAGCGCGUACGGCCUUGUUCAAGGCCGAGGUGGCGGAGGAAGAGCUUGCCCAUUUGAAAGAGGAGGCUGCAGCGAACUCCCUUCGUGAGAAGGAGUUGGCUGCGAAGGAAGCUCGCAGAGCCUAUCGGAAAGGGAAGAGAGAGGUUGAUGAUAUUAUGAAGAAUCGCUUUACUGAGUUCUCAACCGAGUUCGGGGAGCUUAGCAAGACGUACAAGUCUGUUGGCAAUUAUCGCGAGUGUCGUGGUGCCGUUGGCGGGUUAUACCUUACCCAAGUCCCCGAGUAUUCUUAUAAGAAGGAGUUGGCUAAACAGACCCAUCGCAUGGAUAGGAAAGCGAACUUGGUUUCCAUGAUUCCUCAGAUCAAAGGGAGGAUUUUGGAUCAGUGGGCUCCGAUCCCCGUGUCUCCCGACUCAGAAGAGGUUAAGCUGGAAAUCCCCGAUGAAGCCGGUGAGGUCAACCAGCCAACUGCCCUGGAUUUUGUUGCUCGUUCGAAUGUGUAUAGGAGUAUUUCUUCUGUGAUCUCUGGGGUUGUUCAUGGACUCAACGCUACAGUGUUUGUCUAUGGUUCCACUGGAAGUGGCAAAACAUAUACAAUGGUUGGAACACGAAGUGACCCUGGAUUGAUGGUUCUCAGCCUGAAUACCAUAUUUGACAUGAUUAAGUGUGACAAGAGCUCUGAUGUCUUUGAAGUGACUUGCUCCUAUCUUGAAGUCUACAAUGAAGGAAUAGUAGUUGCUGGCCUGCGAUCAAUCAAGGUCUCUAUACCUUUCUUUCCUUCUAGAUGCGAUAAGACCACUCCUCCUGUCUAUUCUGCUGAUCGAAUUCUUGAACUACUGAACUUAGGGACCAGUAGACGAAAGAUUGAGAGCACUGAGAUGAACAGUACAUCAUCAAGGUGA